AUGGUGGAAGACCGAGACGAGGCUUUUGAUCAUGACUUAUUAACUGCUUACAUGAUGAAAAAUGACGUAUUUGGUGAUUCUGCAGAUAAGUUUCUAAGAGACAGCAUACUUAAUUUGGUUUUUGCAGGGAGAGACACCACUAGUGCAGCUCUCACAUGGUUCUUUUGGCUUGUUGCAACAAACCCUUCUGUAGAGAACAAGAUUCAAGAAGAGAUCAUCACGAAAUUGCAUCCAAAAGAAGAUAAUAGAUUUGUCUUACGUUUUUCCAACAUAAAUGAUCAGGAGAUGGAGAAACUGGUCUGCCUUCAUGGAGCUUUGUGUGAAUCCUUACUGCUAUUCCCACCAGUACAUAUACAGCACAAAGCUUCACUUCAACCAGACAUUGCAAAUACAAGAAUGUUAUUAGGUUUCUAUGCCAUGGGAAGGAUGGAGACAAUUUGGGGAAAAGAUUGCAUGAAGUUCAAACCAGAGAGAUGGAUUACGGACCAAGCAGGGAUCAAACGUGAACCAUCUUACAAGUUCAUAACAUUUAAUGCAGGACCAAGGUCCUGUUUGGGGAAGGACAUGACUUACAUCCAAAUGAAAACUAAUUGCAAUUGCAAUUAUAUAUAA